AUGGCAACUCCCGUCCGCAUCACCGUCCUCAUAUCCGGCAACGGCUCUAAUCUACAAGCCGUCAUUGACAAGACCAGCACGGGUGAACUCCCGGCAACCAUUGUCCGCGUCAUCUCGAACCGCAAGGACGCCUACGGCCUCGAGCGCGCCCGCAAGGCUAACAUACCCACGGAAUACCACAAUCUCGUCAAAUACAAGAAACAAUAUCCCUCAACUCCCGAGGGCGUCCAGCGGGCGCGGGAAGCCUACGAUGCGGAAUUGGCACGAUUAGUGCUCACCGACGGCCCAGAGCUGGUCUGCUGUCUUGGGUUCAUGCACGUGCUUUCGCCGAAGUUCUUGGUGCCGCUGGAGGAGGCAAAACUCCGGAUCAUUAACCUUCAUCCUGCCUUGCCGGGGGCUUUCAAUGGGGCUCAUGCCAUCGAGCGGGCUCACGCUGCUUGGCUGGAAGGCAAGAUCGACAAGACCGGUGUGAUGAUCCACAACGUGAUUUCAGAGGUCGACAUGGGCAAGCCGAUUCUGGUCCGGGAAAUCCCCUUCGUUAAGGGGGAGGACGAAGACCUAGAAAAAUUCGAAGAGAAGGUUCAUCGUAUCGAAUGGGGGGUGGUGAUUGAGGGCGUGCAGCUAACGAUCAAGGAGAUCAGAGGGUAA